UCCACUAGAGGGCAGCAGAGUCUCACAUCAGCAGGGACGGAAUCCAGACUUUUUUUUUUGGUUUGUGUUGUUUUGCUUUUAAGAAUAAAAAAAUAGUUUGAAUAAAUAAAGACACAUAAAGACAGAAGAAGUAUACUCUGUCUCCGUGGUUGAGUCUGUAGUGUUUGUGUGAAGACUCCUAUGAAGCGUCCUCAGCCAGCUGAGGAGGGACCGCCCCGUCCUGCCUGUCCUCCUGUCCUGGGAGUUAGUAACGCGAUUAUUUGGGGGGAGAUCCUAGUUAAACAACAUUCUUACUGCGCUGUCAUGCUUAUAGACGCUUAGGACCGCCUGACGACGUUUCUUCAUGGAAGCCAUUGUUUGAAGUUUUGUUUUUUUCCUCUUCUUUUCCUUCCUCAUCUGCAUAACUUUUUCUUGAAGUGUCCACAGCAGCUUUUGUUGGUGCGAGCUCUUCAUGCACAGGUUUUCAUGGCUGAACGCCUUCUUUUGUAACAGAAAAAAAUAACAUUUUUAUCCUCUCAUAUUUAUAUAAUAUUGGUGCAAGUCUGUGAAGAUGCAGUUCCGCACCGUCCGGGACGUAAAUGUUGUGGACGUGCAGAAGAGAAGGAGUCCAUCCAAACACUAUGUGUACCUAAUCAACGUCACCUAUUCAGACACCACCUCCCAUGUCAUAUACCGGAGAUACAGCAAAUUCUUUGACUUACAGAUGAGAAUUCUUGACAAAUUCCCAAUUGAGGGAGGACAGAAAGACCCAAAAAAGAGGAUCAUCCCCUUUUUGCCAGGGAAAGUCUUGUUUCGCCGCAGUCACAUCCGAGAUGUUGCUGUCAGAAGACUGAGGCACCUGGAUAAUUACUGCAACGCUCUGAUGAAGCUCCCCUCCCACAUUUCCCAAAGUGAGGAGGUUCUUCAGUUCUUUGAAACAAAGUCAGAGGAUCUAAACCCUCCCACAGAAGACUGCGGGAGUUCUGGCAAACGGAAAUCAGGUCUGGAUGCGUCGGAUCCUAUGCUCCUUGAACAGUAUGUGGUGGUGGCUAAUUACGAGAAACAAGAGCCUGCAGAAAUCAGCCUGCAAGCAGGAGAAGUCGUGGACGUCAUUGAAAAGAGCGAAAGUGGUUGGUGGUUCGUCAGCACCGCAGAGGAACAGGGUUGGGUCCCCGCCACCUAUCUCAACUCCCACAGUGGCACUCGGGACGACUUGGAGCUGGGCGCCUCCAAAACCGGAGAAGAAGAGAAGUACAUAACGCUGCAGCCAUACUCCAGUCAAGGCAAAGACGAAAUAGCUUUUGAAAAAGGAGAAAUUGUGGAGGUGAUACAGAAGAAUCUGGAAGGAUGGUGGUUUAUCAGGUACCAGGAUAAAGAGGGCUGGGCUCCAGCCUCUUAUCUCAAGAAGGUGAAAGAUGACUUCUCUCCUCGUAAGAAGACGGCAGCGGGCCCGGUGGAAAUCAUCGGAAACAUCAUGGAGAUCAGCAACUUGCUUAACAAGAAGGCUUUGAGUGAAAAGGACGUGCAGACAGAAGGUGUCCCGGAGAGUCCUCAGGUUGUCAGGAAGGAGAUCAGUUUGCCAAUCCCAUGCGGUGACUCCAGCCCCGAUAACAGCUCCCUAGACGGGAAAAGUAAACCAGAGCCCGGCUCACCGGCUGUAGCUCGUAUCGCCCCACAUCGAGUGGAGAUCGGUUCUCCUGUCCUGAGACAGAAACCUCCACCUCGUAGAGAUGCAACACUGGGGUUCCCACUGCCCUGCCCUCCUGAGGCCCCAUCGGUUGAAGCAGAGUAUUACACCAUCGCUGAUUUUCAGUCAUGUAUUUCUGAUGGCAUCAGUUUCAAUGGAGGACAAAAGGCAGAGGUAAUUGAGAAAAAUUCUGGUGGCUGGUGGUACGUCCAGAUUGGCGAGAAGGAGGGCUGGGCUCCAUGCUCCUACAUUGACAAACGCAAAAAACCCAACUUGAAUAGAAGAACAAGCACUUUGUGCCGCCCAAAAGUUCCUCCUCCAGCUCCACCUGUCAAAAAGCAGGAUUCAGUGGAGGCCGCGACUCCCAGCACUCCCAGCAGCCCCGGAUCUGAGGCCCCAGAAUACCCUGUACCCCCCGGGAGGCCAGUGUACGAAGAACCAGAAUACGAUGUUCCUGCCAUUGGCGAUCUGGACCUUGAGUCUGAGUUUGAAUUCCUGAGGGGAGAAGCUUCCCUGGUGGAUGGAAAGAAUGAAGACACCUGCUCUGAGAGAGGUUCUCAUUUGUCCUCCAAGCCCUCCCCAGCCUCGUCGCUCCACAGCGCCUCCUUCAAAAUGGGGGAGUCGUUCGAGGAGACCCAGGAGGCAGAGGCGGACGAAGAGUGCAUCUACGAGAAUGAUGGGUUCCGGCCUUUCAGGGAGACUCCAGACAGGCAGUGCAGCAGAGACUCAAACUCAUCCAAGACAAGUGUCUCGUCAGAAACUGGCAAGACUGCAAACCCGACAUCCGGUGGACGGAAAUCUGCAGGCAACAAACUCAAGGCCGACUUGAACGGUAGCUUGUUUUCAGUCAAACCAGAUGAAGCAUCCAGUCCAAAGUCUGCCUGCACAGAGUCCAUGCCAGAUCUGUCCAUUCCCAAGAAAGAUCAAGAGGAAAGCAAGAACUCCUCUUCCACCAAGUCAUCUUCCAAGUUAAGACCAGUGGUGAGGCCCAAACCACAGCUGGCAAAAGCCUCCAGUGCAGAGAAGAUGGACAUCAGCACUUUGAGAAGACAGCUGCGACCAACAGGCCAACUGAAGAAUGGAACCAAAGGCAAAGGAGAAGACUUGGAGACUGCAUCCGUCAUUUCUUCAGAAGACUCCUUCUCCUCUCAGAGCACAUCCGAUCUCUCGUCUACCUACUCCAAAGGCAGCCGGGGGGACUCGGACGUGGAGGUUAGCAACUUGUAUCGCACCACGGAUCCUUACGAGAAAGUUCAGGACACUGAGCUCAGCUUCCCCGCCGGGGUUGAAGUGGAGGUGCUGGAGAGGCAGGAAAGCGGCUGGUGGUACAUACGCUGGGGAGAUGCAGAGGGCUGGGCUCCCACUUACUAUCUGGAGCCAGCCAGGCAACAAGAAGACGCAGCGGAGUCGGAAUCUGACGGCACCCCUAAGAAACCCGGAAAUUUGAGCAAGUCCAACAGCCUGGAGAAGAAUGAGCAAAGGGUGCGGGUGUUGAACAACAUCAACCAGAACCUUUGGAAGGCCACUCCACCGAUCCCCUCAAAGCCUCCAGGCGGCCUCUCCAAACCCUCCAGCCUGUUCAGUUCCUUGAAGCAGAGCGGCACCAAACAGCAGCAGGUCGUCAGACCUCAGUCUGUCUUUAUCUCCCCGCCAAUCCGGGAUGGUCCAAGCCCCGUUGGCUCCCUCCGAAGAAACGAGUCCCUCAACUCAACGGACCACCCGCGGGCCAGCCCCACCGUUCGCCGCAAUGCCUCCUUUGGCACCGUGCCUCCCAGUCUGGCCCCAAACAACAUCACCCUCCCCAACAGGAAGAAACCUGCUUCCAGUAGCUCAGAGUUUCUGGGCCUCAGCGCCCAGAAGAACACCCUCCCUGUGUCCACCGUGAAACCCAAGCCCCACAUUAUCCACAACAACCUCAAAGAGGUCUACAUCUCCAUCGCAGAUUACCUUGGCGACGAGGAGACCAUGGGAUUCCCAGAGGGAACCAAUCUGGAGGUGCUUGAAAAAAACCCCAAUGGCUGGUGGUACUGCAAGGUUCUGGACAAUGGCAGGCCGAGGAAAGGAUGGGUCCCGUCAAAUUACCUCGAGAAGAAGCACUAGCACUCGUGGCUGGAGUCGUCCUCUAGACAUGCAUGCAUGCAAAGACUACUCUAACAGAUGAUUUUGAACAAGGCAAGCUUGGUAUUCUCAACCAAAUUAACAAUAGUGGUAAAAUGAACCUGCAUCGUUUAGAACUCCAGACAUUGGUGGCCAAAACCAAAGAGAACACCAAACGAUUGAAAAAAUACAGUAUUCUAGCUUUAACUUGAAAGACUUACUUUUGAACCCUUUUCUGCUCAUUUAUUGUGUCAGACUUUUUUAUAGCUUACUGCAUGUCCAAAUUGACUGAUUAUAUCGACAAUGGCUUGAGCUGUUGAAAUUAACCUUUUCUCCUCCUUUUCCUAAAAGAAAAAAAAAUUGCCAAAGCUGCUUAGUGCUAGUCUCAUCUUGGUGCUGCAUGUUUUUUUAUGCAUAUCUUUAUACUGUUAUCAUCUUUGGGUAGAUGUAUUAUAGCCAUGUCAUUUUGUAAUUUUGUCCAAACAAAUUGUGAGCAUCUAUUUUGUUGCACCUAAAAUGUUUGUGCUCCCUUCCCUUUUUUUUGUUUUUAAAUUUAUUAUAAAUUUUAUAUUAUACAAACAUUCAACGGUCCCUUAUGGCAGUCAAAAAUAAUAUUUAUUAAUUGCCUAAAAAUUCAAAACACACUUCUUUAACAGUGCUACUCCAAAGCGCAAUUAUGUAAAGAAAAUUUUCUGCUGGGCAGUAAAUUUGACUCAUUUUGGGAUGCUCACUUUUGUUUAAUGUUAACUGUGUGACCAGUUAUAAUAACUGAAGUGCCAAAUGAACGACUUUAAUAAAUGCACUUUGAAAGAAUCA